AUGCAGGCCCCAAAUGUUUACCCCUUCCCUCAGCAGCCACAACCUCUGUCCCGGUUCCAAUACGGUCCUCCGCAGUUUGUAUUUGAUCAUUCUGCUCCGAGAGUAGAUCCUCUGCAAUCUAAUGUAACUAUAAAUCCUCGAUUGCCCGUGCAGCAUUAUAAUGGUCAUAUAAACCCUGUAAGCAACAAUUACGCCUACUACUACCAUCAUCUUAAUAAUAAUAACGCUAGCCCUGCUCUUCACGCUGCUAAUACUCAAAUGCCUGACAAUUCACUUUAUAGAAAUAUACACCAAGUUCCCUCCGCUCCUCAACGGUUAGUCAGUAUUAUACCGGAUCCUCAUAUGCCGCCCAACAUUUCUCAUUUCCAACUAAAUAAUAUUCAUCCUCAAAUGCAUGUUCCUGUUGCUCAUAAUACUCAUUUCCAACAAGUACCAGCCUACAACCACACCAAUAAUAGUAAUAAUAAUAGUAAAUAUAACAGUGAUAGCGAUAAACCUGUGGAUUCGAAUGAUAAUGGGGUGUUGGAUAAUGUUGACGAACGUUACCGUCGCGAGCUUAACGAGGUGGUUCCCUUCUUCAAAAAUUUCGAAAACAACGCACUCACUUCCACACCAAACAAUUCAGACAUUCAAUCUACCAUUGAUGAAUUAGCUAAACUGAAAUCUUUGUCUAAUUCCACCCAUUUUAAGCAGAGUAUUGCUACCCAGAAUUUUUACUCCCUUCAAAAUCAUAUCACAGCCAUUGAAAACCGUUUGACUUGUUUACUCAAUGAUAGACAGCAAAAAGAACGACAAGAGCGGCAGCAGAAACAGGAGAUGCAACAGAAUUCCGAAAAUGAGAACACCUCACCGCCAUCUAAUAAAAUAAAGUUACCUUCCUUACAGGAACUAACUAACUCUAUCUCCACCCAACAUCCUCCUGCCACUUAUGACAAUAAAAGACAUUCUUCAGAUUCAGAAGUAAAACCUAGCAUUGCGCAUGAUCCAUUAUACCACCGUCACACUUUUCUACCCUCUUCUUCCUCCUCCUCCUCUUCUCCCACGGCCGGUUCCGUGCCCCUUCAAAAGUUACAGGUUCCAGGACAAGACCAGUCUGGUGAUGCAAAGAAGAAUGUCUCAACGACCUCCUUCAAUUCAAUAACCUACCUACCAAGCACCAUCUUAUCUCCGACUGUGCAAACACAGUUGAAGAGCAUGGCCACCUCCAGUGCGAAUUCAAAGAAAAAGAAUAACAGAGGCAGACCAAGAGCUAUCCAAAGACAGCCUACGCUAACUACUUCUAGCCAUUUCAUCAACAAUUCCAAUUCCAGCGUCGCUACCGUUUCAACUUCACUCCCAUCCGCAAGCAACCGUGAAAAGGACCCCGAUGCCAAAAAAAUAAUUGAAUUUUGUUUCCAUUGUGGGGAAACUGAAACACCAGAAUGGAGAAAGGGUCCGUAUGGUACCAGAACCUUAUGCAAUGCCUGUGGCUUAUUUUACAGGAAGGUCACCAAGAAAUUCGGAUCAAAAAGCAGCAAUCUACUAUUAAGAUACAGAAGAGCUGUUGAUUUGGCCAACGAUCGCAGAAUUCCCGAUUUUAUUACCAUCCCCAACAGGUUCAUUCAUGAUAUGGAUAAUGAUCAAACGCUAGAUUCGGAAUAUAACACAAUAUUGCAAUAG